UUUGCAUUUUUAUUUCAGGCCAGAAUAACUAUGUUUCUUCUAAACUUCUAGUUUUUUUUUUCUAUUUGAAGGGUAACAAGGACUCAUCAUGAACUUACAUUUUGCCGGUUUCUCGGUUAUGAAAACCCACAGUCAGCGGCUGUGAUAAUGUGGCCAAAAUAUUACAAGGAUUAUCGCUGUUACAGUAAUAUUUACUUGCUGUGGCACGGAUUAUAUUUAGCAAUCUCAUCAUUUCGUGCUAGAGGAUCCAGGUUUCUUUGUAAUGCUACUUCGUCGAUUACUAUGUUAUAUAUUUUUGCCUACUCGCAUUAUAUUUGUUAAUUGUCCGCUUUAGCAGUUGAGCAUUCAUUUUAUCUCUCGAUGAAUAAGGACGCUACUACUAUGCUACUGCUAGUCGGCUCUAUAAAAGAGGGCCCCUUUACUAAAGUACAAAUUACUAAAGGGGGCCCCUUUUAUUACGUUUGCCGUAUAGUAUUAGCAUGGGGCAGAUGGGAGAGGGCACCCGUCCCCCAGCUUCCCCUCAUAUAUAUUUUCAACUGGCUGUACCUAAACCUUCGUUUUGUAAGUCAAAGAUUUGUAGCUUCCUGUAAGAGAAAAGGCGGGGCCAUAAAUGGGCGGGGUCUUAGGUCAUGAGAAUGAGUUGGCGUUACAUGAAGUAAAUACCGAAGUUCUGUCCACAUCGAAACCGUGGCAAGAUGGCGUCAAGCGGGAAACAUACUCAACAAGAGGAGGGCAGAAAUUUACCGAGCUUUCAGAAGAUUUAAGGAAGGCCACCAUCCAUAAAAUCAAAUUAUUUGAGUCAAUAAGAGGAAAACAUUGCGAUAUACCAUUUUGGGAUGUUGUUGUGAUAACUGCUAUUGACGAUGCUCAGAAGCUGGCCUAUGAACGUCAAAUUUCCGAAAAAUUGGACAGGAAAGAGUUGCCUUUGGGCGUAAAGUUCAUCGUUAUAAGUGAUCCUAUCGGGCCUAAAAUUGGAAAUGGUGGAUCAACAAUAGUGGUUGCAGAGGAACUUGAAAGAAUGUUCCCAGAAAAGGCUAAAGAAUUGAAGGUUUUAAUCAUCCACGCAGGGGGAUUCAGUCAAAGACUGCCAAGUGGGAGUUUACUGGGGAAGAUCUUUAUGGCACUUCCAAUGGGCAAUCCAAUCUACCAAACCUUGGAGCUGAAGCUUGCCAUGUACAUUGAGUUUCCUCAAAGAAUGGGGCCUGGUAUAUUUGUAACAAGUGCAGAUACAAUAGAGUUAUAUGUUCUUGAUGGUGACUGGACUUUUAAGAAUAGUGGUUUUACUGCAUUGGCUCAUCCGUCACCAAUUGAGAUUGGAACCACACAUGGGGUUUUUGUCCUUGAUGAUACAUCUGUUCAAAGCUUGUUACAAAAAACACAUGACAACACCUCGGUUCAGAAUGGAACGUGCAGAAAGUUCAUACACAAGCCUACAAAAGAAUACAUGCAUGCAUCAGGAGCUGUCUUUCAACACAAUGGAGAGGAAUAUGUUUACUCUGACAGUGCUUUUUUCAUGGAUUAUGAUUCAGUAAGCUUGCUUUUAAACUGGGUGAAGAAAGAGGGUCAUGUCAACUGUGAAAUUGAUGCUUAUGGAGAUUUUCUGCAAGCUCUUGGACCAGAGGGUACUAAAGACUACUGUAAAAAUGUUAGAAAUGUUACACUGGUUGAACCUCGCCUUAUCCGGACAAGAGAAAAUAUUUUCAAUUUGUUGAGAGAUUCAAAACUUAAUGUUCUGAUGCUGAACAAAUCAAAGUUUUAUCACAUGGGAACUACUACAGAGUACAUUCAUCAUUUUUGUGAAGACCUAGAGUUUAGAUAUGAAAUGGCCUGUUCCAACGUUGCAAUGAUCAAGAACAUCUCCAGCUCGCUGAACAAGAAGCUAGACAGAAGCUCUUGUCUACUGCAUACAUUUCUGGAAGAAGAUAUCUUGAUUGGUUGCAAUUCAGUAACAGAAUAUAGCUGGCUUGGCAAAGGCUGCUAUAUUGGUGAAAAAAGCAUUGUUAGCAAUGUUUUUAUUCCCAGUGAACUUUCUCUGCCAGAUAGUGUCUUUUUACAUACUGUUUGCGUUCUUUCCAAAUCAGGAUCAGAUACAAAGUAUGUAACUGUAGCCUUUGGGAUAAAUGACAAUGUUAAGAAGACAUGUUCUGAUGUCAGUCGUGCUUGUGAUUUGAAAUGGAAUGAUAGACCUCUUGAUGCUGCACUAGCAUUAUUAGGAUACCCAAAGAACCCUUGGAACAAAGAUUGCCCUUUGCUAAACAUUUGGAAUGCACAGCUUUUUCCAGCCUAUGAUGACCCAAGGACAUCGCUGAAAAGUGCUUGUGCGAUGAUGAAAUGUUUGCAAGAAAACAAAACAUUGACCACUGAUGACCAGGAGACUCGUCUUUAUUCCAUGGUCGAUAUAUUGAAAGAGAAAGACAUCGAAGGAAUUUUUAGGAUGAGAGCAGAGAUAAGAAAAGCAAUUUUAGCCUAAGAAGCGGUUAAUAUUUAUUUUAUUUACAAACUUCAUAAGAUACGUAACAUAAUAUUAUAGCUGUAAAGAAUGAUAAGAAUUUGUAUUGUAUUUUCUAAGUGAUACUUAGUAUUCAGGUUACAAGUUAAGAAUUAUUUCAUAAACUAUAGACAUGACUUUCUGCA